AUGCAGGCAAUCGAGUACGCCGAAGACGGGCGGCAUGCCACCACGCUGUGUGAUGAUGGCCAAUCAAUCACGACGAGACUAGUAGUUGGUACAGAUGGUGCUCGUUCAACCACACGACAGAUUCUAUUGGGUUCUAGCGCGGGUCGCAUUCGAUAUCUGCCCUACUGUGCAACAUUUGUGCAGGCCAGUUAUAACGCGGAGCAGGCCCGAUUCCUCCGUGCGUUUCACCCGCUCUAUCUCGCUGGGAUCAAUCCCGCAGGUUACUUCUCCUUCUUCGGUCUGCACAACGCGGAAGAUCCGGCCCAACCGGAGUCGUGGACGUUUUUCUUCUACAUCUCAUGGCACUCCACGUUGGAAGAACAGGAGGACACCGCGGAAUGGACCAAUGCCCAGAGACUGCAACAAGUCAAGGAAUUUGCCAAAACAUUUGCAGACCCCUGGAAAAGCGCGUUUGAAUGGUUGGAAGAUGACCACCAAGUUUGGUAUAUGAGCCUGACCGACUUUGACCCCGGUAGCAGGGAUCAUCGUUGGAAUAACCGUGGCGGUUGUGUAACUCUCGCUGGGGACGCCGCUCAUGCGAUGACUUAUCAACGUGGUCAGGGCUUGAACCACUCUAUCACCGACGCUGCCAAUCUUGCCAAAUGCAUUCGGGAUUUUGUCCAAGGCCGAGUUUCGCAAUCCGAGGCAAUCGCCAGGUAUGAGAAUGAGAUGAUCAGUCGCGCUGGCGGGGAGGUCUGUCUGUCAACUACGAACACCGAAAUGCUGCACAAUUGGGAGAAAGUUUCGAGUUCCCCCGUAUUGAAUUCUGGUCUCAAGCGAAACAACACCGCUCAUGUAGGAUGA